AUGGACUCUCUCAAGACAAAAGGCGUCGCCCCAGAAAAGAAGGACGACAAGCCAAUGAGUGUCGAGCAAUAUCAGCGUCAAUGGGAACAGCUGAUGGACGACACAGCAAAGCAAAUCCAAAAGAUUCGAGACGAUGAGCAAGCAAGGAAGGCCGCCCAGACCUCGCGAUAA